GUUGUAAUCUAAUGGGCCAAAGCCCAAUAAAUUCAAUAACUCCAUUUUCACCUGAACCAUCAGAGGUCGUCCCGUCUCGUCUUUGACUGUAGGAGGAGGAAGAAAGAGAAGAGCAAUGGCGUGGAGAGGAAACAUAUCGAAGUCUCUCAAAGAGCUCAGGAUCCUUCUCUGUCAAUCCUCCCCUGCUAGCGCUUCCGCCAGGACGUUCGUGGAGAUGAAUUACAGAGAUUUGAAGACUCUAAACCCUAAGUUCCCCUUCCUGAUCCGCGAAUGCAGUGGGAUCCAGCCUCAGUUGUGGGCACGAUAUGAUAUGGGAGUGGAGAGGUGUGUAAACUUGGAUGGGAUGAGCGAGUCACAGAUUCUCAAGUCUCUUGAAGACCUUGUCAAAGCCGGAGGAGCAACAAAAGCCUAAGGUUAUUUGUUAUUUGUUUUUUUUCCAGAUGAUCCCGAAUAAAGCUUUAACCGGAAACGCUCAUUUGACAUUUUUCCUGUCAAUCUACUAUCGAUUACUUUCGUUUUGAGUUGUUUUUUUUAAUGAUGUAAUCCUUGAACUUGGUAUACAUCAAACCAUUCCAUAUGA